AGCGUUCCCGCAGGAACAAGGAACUUGCAAACAAGCGCCUCCUGAAGCGGCAAGUGAAUGUGGCCAUUCUUUGCUUCAAGAUCUAGUUAAAUCUGACACCAUGGGACUGUUGUCAGACCCAAACAGAAGACGGGCUUUAAUCAGCAUGCUGACCCGCCUCAAUGCUCCAAUUUGUGUGCUUUUCUACUGUGCCGGUGUGUGUUGGUUCAUGGGGCUGGCAUUUGAGCCAUUCACCUUGCGGACAUACAUGUCAGAGAAUGCCAUGGGAUCCACCAUGGUGGAGGAGCGAUUCCCUGCAGGGGAGAGAGCGAUGGCCACAGCCAGAGAGUUUGCCGCUCACAAGAAGAAAGUUGGAGGGAUGCCUGUGGAUUGGUUAGUGAAAACCAUGCAGGCUCGAGGGUUAGAGGUGUUCACCCAAAGCUUCUCUCGGACACUACCAUUCCCGGAUGAAAACAAGGAGAGAUAUAUUGUGAAAGGCACAAAUGUCUAUGGGAUCCUCCGUGCCCCCAGAGCUCCCCGCACUGAAGCCCUGGUGCUCAGUGCUCCGUGCAGUCCAGGCGAUGAGAACAACCAGGCUGUGGGACUGCUGCUUGGCUUGGCACAUUACUUUCGAAAUCAGGUUUACUGGGCCAAGGACAUCAUCUUUCUUGUGAAUGAGCAUGAUUUGAUCGGCAUGCAGGCCUGGCUGGAGGGUUACCACCACACAAACACUACAGGAAUGGAAUGGUCACCGUUACAAGGUCGUGGCGGUUCAAUCCAGGCAGCCCUGUCCUUGGAGCUCAGCAGUGAUGUCAUCACCAGUUUGGACAUAGUGCUGGAAGGACUUAAUGGCCAGCUACCCAACCUGGAUUUAGCAAACCUCUUCUAUGCUUUCUGUCAGAAGAUCGGGGUUCUUUGCACCAUUCAGGGCAGGCUGCAGAGAAAUGACUGGGACAGUGUGUCAGGCUACAGCCAUGCAGUCCAGACCAUGAUGCUGAUGGUGAUGAAGCAGGCCAGCGGGCGACCCUGGGGUGACCACGGCCUGUUCUUACGCUAUCACAUAGAGGCUGCCACUAUCAGGGGCAUCAACAGCUUCCGCCAGUAUAAGACUGACGCUACCACUGUUGGCAGACUGUUAGAAGGAAUGUAUCGUAAGCUGAAUAACCUCCUGGAGCGCCUUCACCAGUCUUAUUUCUUCUACAUCAUGCCAUCACUAACUCACUUUGUCUCGAUUGGAUACUAUAUGCCAGCCUUCGGCCUCCUUGCUGUCAUCCUGCUCCUUCGUGCUUUAGACCUGUGGGUCCAGCUUGCGACUCCACCAGCUACAACUGAGGAUGGCAUGGCUGAUGUUGAGCAGGAUUCCAGUCCAGGUGUGCUGUCAGUGUUGACUCCUCUGGUGAUCAGCCACCUGACUGGAGCAGCUUUGUAUUUGCUGCCAGUCCGUUUUCAAGAGAUGGCCGUCGAACACUUUCCCGUUUCCGAGACUGAAGCGGUCGUUCUUACAGCCAUUGCUGUUUAUACAGCCGGCCUGGCUUUGCCUCAUAACACACACAGGUUAAUUUCAGGUGAGGGGACUGAGCAGGGCUGGAAGGUGCUGAAGCUCGUCGCUGUGUUGUACCUGGCUGUGCUGCUGGGCUGCACGGCCCUCAUUAACUUCUCCCUGGGCUUCAUCCUGGCUCUCACCAUGGUGCCGGUGGCUGCUUUUGUCACACCACAUGUGCCUAAGGUUCUGUCAGCUGUUGUCCUCGUCAUCCUCAGCCCAGCCUGCACACUUCUCUUCUCAGUGUUUUUCUUCAGAGAGCUGCAGGACAUGCCCAUCAGCUUCCAAGAUGGCUGGUUGCUGUACCUUUCGGUCAUUUCGCAGGGCAUACUGGACCACUACUUGUUUGGCUCUCUGGUCUACCCCCUCAUGGCCUUGAUGGUGUAUCCGUGUUGGCUGCUUUUUUGGAACAUCCUCUUCUGGAAGUGACCUGCAGGUUCACCAAAGACUUCUGAAUAAAACACCCUCUGAGAUGAUCUCAGGUUUAUCAGGAAACUUGAAGAAGUGAAGCUUAAAUCUACUGAAGAGUUUGGUAAAGAACAAUUCUUUAAAGAGAAUGAAAUGACUCCCUUUUGUACAUUUUGUUGUUCUUAUUCUUUAAAACGAGGAGUAGAAUUUGGAUAACAAAAACAAAUGUGUUGUGUGCUAAAAACUUUAAACAAUAUAUAAAC